AUGGCCAGGUCAAACCAACUUCUCUUCACAAUCUUCCUCGCCCUUACCACCGGCAUCAAUGCGGCUCCUCAGGUAGGCGCCUCUAAGGUAGUCGCGCGUGCUGAGCCCGCCGAGUUCGAGGCCCAGACCAAGGCCGGCCCCGGAGGCAGCGACUUCAAGGACUCGGCCCACUUCCGUGGCUUCGUCAACACCCUCGGCUGGCGGUCCUCUGGACUCUCCUUCAACGAGGGCUCCAACAACGGCCCCUACUACAAGACCAACGUCUACUCCGUCUCCAAACUCGAAGGCGCCGCCGGCGUGAUGCACUCGGAGCAGGAGUCCGGCGCCGGCUGGCUCGAGGUCGUCGACACCUACCUCGCCAGCCCAGGCGUCACCGUCCACGAGUACGGCCACGCUCUGCACUACCACCAGCGCACCUGGGUGGACCAGGAGCGCACCGGCGCCUGGUGGGAGACGGUCGCCAACUGGGUCGCCGACACCUACAACACCUCCCCCCUCUGCGCCGACGCCCGCACCAAGCACAAGUCCCCCGAGGGCCGCACCGAGUUCGAGGUGAACAAGGUCCUUGGUGACUCCUUCCAGGUCAUUGUUGACGGCACCGUCGACUCUGGUAACUACUACCAGGCCUGGCCGUUCCUGACCUACCUCACCAACAACCCGGACAACAUCGCCGGUCUCGGCAAGGACACUCUCCACCAGUUGAUGCUCCAGUAUGAGGCGAACAGCAACGAGACGCCUCUUCACACCCUCGACCGCGUUGCCAGCAACACCACCGCCGGCGAGAUCGUCGGCAAGUACUGGGCUCACAUGGCGUACGUCGAUAUCGGCUACGACCAGGCCCAGGAGAUCUUCAACCAGGCCAAGGACAGCGUCAACUUUGCCAACGUUGACAAGUCCGGCGACGGCUACAAGGCCAAGUCUGCUCGCGCUCCCCGCUACAUGGGCGCCAACAUCAUGCCCCUGACGACCUCCGGCGGCAAGGGUGACGUCAAGAUCACCUCGGCCGGCGAGUUCACCGCCCACCUUGCCAUCAAGGGCUCCAGCUCGGUCCGCUACGUCCAGCUCGCCAACGGCUUGGUUAUUGCCAACACCCCCAAGACUCUGAUCCUGUACAACGGCUUCCAGCUCGCUAGCAGCGAUGCCAACAAGGGCCUGGACUACUCCUUCACUUUGACGGGCGCCACUGUCGCAUAA